CGCCUUCCUCCUCCGCCCCGCGGGCUGCCUCCCCCCUCCUGUCGCCGGCGGCGGGGGGGACCGGUUCUGCUCGCCUCGCCUCGCCUCGCCUCGAGCAGGAAGUGGUGGCGGCGGGCACGGCCUAGCCGCGCGGAGGAGCCGCUCCCCGUCGGUGCCGCCGCCGCUCCGGCUCGCUGAGGCGGCCCGCGGGGCCCAGCGGCCGCCCGCUCCCUCCCUCGGCGGUGCCCUCCCCGCGGCGGCGGCUCGGAACGCCCGUUUUCAUGGAAUGGAGGGGAAAAAACUGAUUUCUGCAACAGACACACAGUAUUCUAGUGUGCUCCUUCAGUCUUUGAACGAACAGCGUGGCCACGGACUAUUUUGUGAUGUUACUGUCAUUGUUGAGGACAGGAAAUUUCGAGCUCACAGGAACAUCCUUUCAGCCUCAAGCACGUAUUUUCACCAGCUUUUCUCAGUGGCUGGGCAAGUGGUUGAACUGAGCUUUGUAAGAGCAGAAAUUUUUGCAGAAAUUCUUAACUAUAUUUAUAGUUCCAAAAUAAUCAGCAUUCGAUCCGAUUUACUUGAUGAACUGAUUAAAUCAGGGCAGCAACUGGGCGUUAAAUUCAUAGCUGAUCUGGGUGUUCCUCCAUCUGAAGAAAAAAACAUGCCAACUGAAGUCAAAGAUGGUGCUUCAGAAACUUCAACUUCUAGUCCAGGUCAAAAGGAUGCUGAAACGCAAGUACCUGUAAUAAGGCCAGAGAGUCACGAGGUAACGGAUGGCAUGCCGGUUAUAACACAGUCAUUCUCCUUACAUGGCAUAGAAUAUGAGACUACAAAAAUUACAGUGAGUGAUUCAGAUGAUGAGGAUGAUGAUGUAAUUUUUUGCUCCGAGAUUGUUCCUCCAAAAGAAUGUACUAAAGAUACAAAUGCUGCAACCCAAAACCAGCCUUGCCCAAGUUCAGCUGGAGUUUCUGACCAAAAAUCGUGUGGCAGUGGUGGCUCUCCCCAUUUGACGAGCACCACAGCAGCUCAAAAACUCACUUCAUCUGCCAGUCAGCUAAGCCCAAAACAAACACAAUCAAGUGCCGAAUCACUUGUCUCUGCAACACCACAGCAUUUGACUCCUAAUAUCAUUGUGCUAAACAAGCCUCUACUCAACUCAUCACUCAGUGCCAGCUCCUCGCAUCAAACACAUGUGACCCCUACAAUUAAUUUACUCAAGGAGAACCAGCAGCCAUCUAAUAAUGGCUCCUUAACUGAAGUGGAAACAACUGCUAUUGAUGAUGAAGAGGUUGUUGAAGAUGAUGUCGAUGUCAUUAGCUCCUCCAGUCCUGGUUCUGUCAGCAGUAGCUCUUUGGUUCAGCAACCUUCUGUACCCAAGGCAGCAACCACUGAAGGAUCAGGUGUACAGAAAAAACAGGUGGUUACAUUUUCACAAGAGCCAUUUUCUAAACCUGGAGAAUUUAAAAUAAAAAUCUCGGAUGUCCUUACUGGAAACAACAAGGAAUUCAGUUCAGGUAUAGCACCAAAGCAUAUGGCAGAAGGGCAGAAAAUCAUAACAUUGGAUACAGCAACUGAAAUAGAAGGCUUAUCCACAGGCUGUAAGGUUUAUGCAAAUAUCGGUGAGGAUACAUAUGACAUAGUCAUUCCCGUAAAGGGUGAUUCUGAGGAAGGCGAAGCCAAGCUUGAGGAAACUCCUAGAACAUCUGGUGGCAAUUCUCCAAACAGGAAACGCAUGAAAGUAAAGCACGAUGACCAUUAUGAGCUCAUAGUGGAUGGAAGAGUCUAUUACAUUUGUAUUGUGUGUAAGAGGUCAUAUGCAUGUCUGACAAGUUUACGGAGACAUUUUAAUGUCCAUUCCUGGGAGAAGAAGUAUCCGUGUCGAUACUGUGACAAAGUUUUUCCUCUUGCAGAAUACCGUACCAAGCAUGAAAUCCACCACACUGGUGAGCGAAGGUACCAGUGCUUGACGUGUGGGAAAUCUUUUAUCAACUACCAAAUUACAGCCUCCCACAUAAGAUCAGUUCAUAGCCAAGACCCUUCUGGAGAUACCAAGCUUUAUCGACUGCAUCCUUGCAGAUCUUUGCAGAUCAGACAGUAUGCGUACAUUACUGAUCGCUCAAGCAGUAUACCAGUAAUAAACGAGGGUGGAAUUGUUUAUCGUGUUGGCACAGGGAAGGAUGGCACUGAAGGAACAACAUCUAACCCUCCGGCCAAACAAAUUACCUGGGAUGACAUUUUCAUUCCACAGGGAAACGAAACAAUUUUUAAACAAAAUCCAUCAGAGGGAAGUACUGAAUUUGAGUUUGUAAUACCGGAAUCUUACUAAAAUGCAUUAAAUACUGGAAAAAGGAUUAAGUGGAGAAAUAUUGCAGCUGUUUUAAAUGAACUGUUAAAAUUGCUGUAAAAUCAAAUGUUAAAGGAAAAACAAGUUAACUUGUUCUACCAAGUCAUCAAAUGGUAGCACUUAGGUGGAUCGUUAGUGGCUGCAAGAUUUGUGGAAGCGAAACAUCUGAAAGUUUACUGGAAUAGAGAAUAAAACAUUUCCAAGGAGCUGGCAGUGUUUUCUGGUAUGUUAAUUUUGAUCAAAAUGUGGGCAUUUGUAGCUUGGAAAGGUACAAUUUCUUCUAAAGAGCUAGAGAUCUUUCUUCUAAAAUAAUUGAGGUAUUUUCUGUACCCAUGAUUACUAUGUAAACCCUUUCUUUCAUGUUAGCACUUUAAUGCUGAGUUCUGUUUAGACAGCCAAGGAAACAGUAAGAUUUUUAAUUGUAGUCUCUUGCAUAUGGAAUCAUUUAAAAAAAAUAAAAAUCUGACAACUCAUUUAUUUUUGCAAGCAAUGCAUUACUGCAAGGGUCCAAAAUAACUGAUCCAGUAGUUUGGAGUAAUGUAUUUUUGAACUAUCAUCUUAGUUCUGCUUUUAUAAGUGCUAUGAAUCAUCUGUCUUCAGGCAAAUAGUUUUGCCAAGAAGAGAUAUUUGGUUAGGGCUAGCUGUAACAAACUAUGCUUGGCAGUGUGGUGAGGAUUCAGUGUCUGGACCAUUAUAUUUAACUCUUGCAAUGGGAAAGAAAAAAACAAACCUGUAAAGCUCAAUAGUGAAUAAGCUUAGAACACUUAGGUAGGAAAUAAUUUUGCCUUUUCAAAGCUUGAGGAAUAAUGUUAGUUUUUCUUACUACUGGAAAAGAUGUCAGUAGUUAGUUUGGAAUAAAGUGCUAUUCCUUUUUUUGCUCUUCAAGGAUGAGGCCUUCAGUCUGGUAUUAAAAAAAAGUCAUACUUCAAAUAAAAUUUUUUUUUUUUAGGUGUAGGCUGUGAAAUUUACUUUUCAAAACUAUGAAAUAAUGUAAGUGCUGUAUCAAUUUAGCACUGAGACUGCUGAGGAGCUUGUGUGCCUGUUUGGCUAGAUCUUUAAGUGAAACAGGGUUUGGAUUUUUUUUUUCCCCCCCAUUUAUAGGGUGUGGAAGCAUGAGGACUAAACCAACAAUCAAAAAAUACCCUCCAUCCACUGUAAUCCAAAGUAUAAUUUCUCUGCAAUUGUCCAGUUGUCAUCUGUUUUCAGUUUUGGGUUUAUUAUAUUAUCCUUUUUUUCUCCUUGCAAUUGGUAUUUGUUUAGGCACUUAGAAGAUAAAUUACAUGUCCAGUUUGAACAGGAAACAGUAGAUCUGAGAAAAACAAACAGCUGUUUACUGGAGUCAUAGUUUAGCAUUUCAGAUUUAGUGACUUGUUAAAUUUUUGUAAAUGGUAACAUGAAAACUGCUCAAGUUCUAGAGAUGACUGAAAAAGAUUGUCGUGCAUAGUACUAGGUAGUUAUUGUAACUUUUCAUUGCUUAAAUUACAGUUAAAGGUUUUUCUUUUUUUUUUUUUUUCAUGUUUUAAGUAAGCAUCUUGAUCCUAUGACCUUCAAGGUUAAGGUUUUAGACGUGUAGUACUCUAGACAGAAAGACAUUUAAAUGGUAAAUGGUUCAAAUGCAACUUGAGCUAUAAAAAAGGGUACCAGAAAUCUGUAUGAGUAAUUAUGGGAGAAAGAGGAGGAUUUGUUUACCUUAUGCAUGUAAUGCUCAGCACUUCGGUUUUGUAGGCCAAGAACAUGAUGUACAUGAUUAUUUCCAGAUCAUACUGCAGACCCCUUUGAAUAUAAGGGGGUGUGCUUUCAGAUGUUACAGGUUGGAUGUUAUCUGAGGUGGCAUUUCAGCAGUCAAACAUAAUCCUCACAAGACAUAAGUAGUGAUUGCCUGUAUUAGCACAGGUAGCUCUGACGUAGCUGGCUGCGUACUCCAUUGAGACUUCUUGAACUUUUUGACAAGAAAAAUACAAUGUUAUUUUUUAUUGACAUGACACAUCUGGAAUUAAGCGUACAUAGCAAAGUGUACAUUCAGUAAUAAACAUAAUGGCUAUCAAUAUUUGCUGCUGAUAUAUUUAAAACCUUAAAUUAAACUGUGCCUACUAAAGGUCUCUUUUUUUGGAGGAAAACUGGAAAAUUAGGGCUUUGUAACUUUUUGCUAGAAGACUCGUGCUUGCAUGUGUCUCAGGGUCUUCAGUUUUCCUUGGAAGUGAUUUUUGAUAUCCAAAGUCCAGAGGUCAUGUAAAGCAUUUUUUAAUUUCACUUCCACUAUUUAUUGGUUUGGAAACAUAGUAAAUCCAUUCUUUUAAAACUUUUUAUGGGGCCAUGGGCUUUUAUAUUUAGAUUUCUGGCUAUUGCACUUAUAUUUGUGGUUUUGUUUGUUUUUGUAAACACUUAGCUUCCAGUUUAACUUAAUGAAAAACCUUAUGUAAAUAUUAAGAAAUUGGCUUUGGGGUAAUGGAAGAAAUAGAUUGACUCAGAAAAAGCAUUUCUAUAAAAAUUUAAAAUUGCAACAGAGUAUGGUAACAAACCUCACAGUCAUUUGUAUGCUUAUAAAAACAUUAAUGGAUCUGCUGCAAAAUACUAUAAUGGUGGCUGCAUCCUCACUGUAUGGUUUCUUUGGGGAUUCAUACCAUAACAUUCCAGUAUGUGAAUUAAACAAAUGUUGAGAUAACAAUUGACUGCUUAUUUAUUUUGUACUGUUAAGGCAUGCAGCUUAUAAAACGAUGCAGAAGCUGAUGACUAUAUACACUGAACAUUGAAUUCUACAGCUAUUGCCUAGGAACUGUUCAUGUGCAACAUUUAUGAUUUUUGCUGGAUCUGUAAUGUAUAUAGUUGUACAGUCUUUCCUUAACAUACUUUUUAAAGUUGUGUUCUACUUUUCAUUAAUCAAUACUUGAUAUUAGUUCGUAGAGCUUUCUAUGGCAAAAAUAAAAAAAAGUUUAAUUCUGAAGAUGGGUGUAGCACGUUUCUUUUUAAUGACAACUCAACUUCUACAGCCUAACGUGAGAUUGCCAACAGCCUGUAGCUUCCUUUUCUAGGUCUUUGGGAAUAGCAGGGAAGCCCCUGGAUGAGGGGGUGUGAGGUGUUUUUAUUUAGGGCUUAGGUUUUUUGGUGGCUGUUUUUGUUUGUUUGUUGGAGUUUUUUUUUGGUUGAGCACUUUCCCAGAAAGCAAAUUUAGCUGAAAAACUCCACUGUGUAUUGUGAGCCGAAUGUUGUGAUAACACACUCUCAGAACAGGCAAGAGCUGUUGUGGAACAGUCUGUCCAACUACUACUGUCAUUGCAAAUGGCUAGAAAUCACAAAAACCAUACUUAGUGACCAGUGCAGUGCAUUUCAGCUAGCAUGGUUAGGCCUCCUCUUCUUACCAGGUUGCUAACUAGUUAUGAUUUGGAAGAGUUAGUUUGUUGGUGAACUGUGGCUAGCAAGGAGAAAAUUACUUUAUGUAGACUUACUACAGGUGAGGAAUGCAGUUUAACGAGUAACAUAUCAAAUGGUGGUUUUAUCUCCUUGGCAUAGGGCUUCCACCUACUUCUGCUAACAUCAAAGAGCAGCUGACAUCAUCAGGACAAAAUAAGGCCCAAAGUAAUAUAGUAAACGUGAAAUUAAGUAAAGGAGGCACUGACACUGCACUGACUGGAUUAUUUGCUUCGGUGUUAAGCAAAAAAUCAUCAGGAAUGACUUCACAGCUUCACAGUGAUUGAAGCCAGGGCACCCUGUUACGUGGGUAGAACUGCAGAAUUACGAAGUGUGGGGGCAUCGGGGGCGUUUAAAAACAGAACUUAAGAAAUGGUGCCUCCAGCUAAUCGUGGUAGAAACACUAGUUUCCAAUAUAGCAAAUAUAGGUUUUGGGGGUUUGUUUUUGUUUUAUUGUGGUUUUUUUAAUAUACGAUGCUAUUAUACAAAAAUUCCUCAGGUAACAUUAAUGAUGUUUGUAAAACAGGAAAGUUGCUAAAAUAUCAAAUGCAAUUUAUAAAUGUUUACAAAAGUCACACAAUUUUAUUUAACUUUGGUAAAGUAAUAAAAGGGUACAUAUGAGUCACAAUCUUGACAUUCUCAUAAGAAAUGAUGAAUACAGUGCAGAAUGUUGCAUUUACAUUAAACGCUUAGUUUUACUCAAGCAGAAGGAAAUGGGUAGUUCAAUAGAAAAUCCCACCGGUAAUUUUUAAAUGUGAAAAUGGACUUGUCCUUUUAUGGUGAAUUUAAAGCAGCAAUGUAAUUUUUGCUUAAAUGUUCCUUAGGAAAAAAAAAUGAGAUUUUGGAUAAUUUCCUAGGUUUAGUAUUUGUCAACUCAAAACCAAUGACAUGAUCAUUUACUAAUUGUUUCUCUGCCACUAAGUUAUGUUCCCCUCAUGAGUUCUGUAGUCCUGUCCUGUGGUGUUCCCUAGACCUUCUAGCCCUAUUAGUUGACAGGCACAAAUGGUAGAGUAUGUUUGUCAGAAGUGGGACAGGACUAUUAGCUUUUAUUUGAAAGAUGCAGUGAUACAUUUUUUUCUGAUACUAAUGUGCCCUUCUGAUUUGUGGGGAGUUUUUUCAGAAGUACUGUCUAUUUUGAAAUUGCCCAUGAUCUCUCUAUCUAUAUUUAAUUCAGGAAAACGUAAUAUAAAAUGGAUGAUGCCCUAGUAUACAAAUUUAUUUCCAGUAUGCAAAUGUGUAGGAGCUGCACUUCAACAAUCUGUAGUAAAACAAAAUGUCACGAAAAUAUGUUCUGCAUACACUACUGCUUUAAAUCCCAUGAGUUGUAUGCUUUUCUCCAGCCAUUUAUUUUUCUUUGUUACUGGAGAAAAGUUACACAUGCUUCUGGAUAAAGUGUUAUCCUUUAGCUUAUUAAUAUACUGAUUAGUAUUUGACAGUGGACAUGAUAAGGUUAACACAUAGCCUAGCCUAAAGGCUUUGCAAAUGCAUAGGAUUAAAAACAGCAUUAUAAAGUGUGGGUGUACUUUGAAAAGUGAGAUCAGAGACUUCAGUGUUUGUUUUCCAUGUUGACAGUAUUUAAUCUUUUUUUUUUUUUUUUUAGAUUAAAA